ACUCGGAGCUCCGAGCCGUCCUGGAUCUAGCGGCGGCGGCGGCGGCUGCGGCGGCGGCGGCGGCGGCGGUGGCGCGGCUUGCUCGGGUCGAGCUCGUGCGCUCCCUCUCUUUUAUCGCACGAUCGACGGCCGCCAGGUAGUCUCUCUUUUUAUCGAGCGCGCUAUAAUUACACGCGCGACAAGUGCGCGCGCUUCGCUCACACCAGUGCUCGGCCUCGCUCUCGCUGCUGUGCGUGCUUCUGCCGCUGACCAUCCAGUGGGUAUUCGCCAGCUGCACUCGUACUUGUUGAAUUGUUGCUCGCUUUCCCAGCCGCCCCGUAAUACACUCGAGAGCCGCGGUCGCGAGCAAAUGUUUGCAAUCCAUUCGCGCGGAAAAUGCGCACUUCGAGCAACGAGCAGGCACACCUUUUUUUCGCUCGUGGAUUUCAUAGUGCUGCCGCGUGCAUAAUGUACACACUUGCAAUUGAUGAGGCGGAUCCACGGCGGGGGCUGGGCAAAGAACAGCGAGAAAGUCAAUCUGCAUAGCAGACCAAGUUGGUCUACUCCCUAUUCCGAAUAGCUUAAUUGCGCCACGCUGCACACGCGCAGACUACUAACUGCCGAGUGCUGACGAGCCACUUGACGCGCGAGCCGGAGCAAGUGUACCAAGAGGACUAACGCUGGCAGCCACUACGAGCGGAUGGAGGUCAGCUGCGCAAAGUCCUCAGCCGUGGAGGAACUGGAAAGAGGAUCAGUAGAAGCAAUGCCCGCCGCGCGCAUUAGGUCGGGCUAGGUGAGGGUAUUAGCGGCUCUCGGCUGAUCGCUACAGGACAGGCAUCCGAGCUGCAUCCGUCGGUACUAGACAUCGGCUGAAGAGGAAGAUGCGUCGAGGAGCAGCGUCAGCCGGCGUCAGGAUCGGGCGAGUCUCGCGCGAGCGCCUUGGACGCUCGGCCCCUCGCCGCCGGUAGUACUGCGAACACAGCUGCGCCGCACUGCGAGUGCCGGGAAUACUCGGGUCAUCGGCAUGCCCCAGUCCAGCUGCAGUCAAGUUUGCGCCAUUCCGUGGCGCGCCUGACAGUUGGCGCAUGCGCAGACGACGCCACCGCCGCAGAGGGCGCUACAAAAAGCCGAUCGAGGACCGGGCGAGCGCGUUCUGAUAUUAUGACGGUUAUGCCGUCGAGCUCCGAUGUCGCGGACAAAGCGGUGUCGACGGAGGAUGCAUCGAGCGGGGUGGAGGUGGCUCGCCUCGAGGCCGUCCUCGCGGCCCUCGUCGAGAGCAAGGUCGAGGCGAUGAAGGCCUCCGCAGGGGCGACGACCGCGAGGCGCGCUGGUAGCGCCCCUCCCAGUCCCAGGCGGCCCAGGCUCACCUCCUCCUCGACCGUCUCCUCCUCCCAGCACCACCAGCACCACCAGCACCAUCAGAACCACCAGCAUCAUCACCAGCACCAGCACCAGCACCAACACCAGCACCAACACCACCACCACCACCACCGCCAGCAGCACCAGCAGCACCAGCACCAGAGACACGAGAGAAGCGACAAGGCUGCCCGCCACGCUCGCAGGCACAGGAGACACGGGUCCGCUCCCUGCGGUGACUUUGGCCUCGAGGACCCCAUCAUCGCGCAUCACCGCAAACAGCGACACGGGAAGGCGAGGCAAAAGAGCAUAAUAGACUGCAGUGCUCGAGGCACGAGAGAAGCUCGAAGCCAGUCCAGGAGUCGUCUGCAUAAUCCUGAUCUGGAGUCGAGAUUCGAGCUGGCGGGCCUCGAGGCCGGCGAUCGGGACGUUGCGCUGAUCCAGUUCGACCGGACGAGCUGCAGGGAAGUGCUGAGCGACGGUUGCGUGGCCGCUGACCCGAGGCUGCACCAAAGUGCCUGCUACAUUUCACAUAGCACCGCUCAAUUGAAGAGCUUCUACGACGAGUACCCCUCCUUCGACUUCGCGGACGACGUCGAGGAGGAGGAGGAGACGUUCAGCGGGCCCGCGGGCCUGAUGCCGGGGGCCUUCGGCGCGCUCGCUCUGCCGGCGGACUCGCCUCAGUCGGAGCAGCGGGGCUACCUGCACCGCCACCGGCCCCGCAGAAAGCGCAAGCGCCGGAAACGCCGCAAGGAGCGCCUGGUCGACGUCGAGGCCGCGGAGCUCGAGCUCGGCGUCGUCGACCCGGACGACCUGCCGCCUCGCGCGCGCUGGACCAUCGUCGCGACGGCCUGCCUGCUGCUCGCCAUGUCGCUGCUGCUCGUCGGCGUCACUCUCCGCAUGGCCCCCAUAAUCGACGAGAUGGUCCGCAAGGAAAACGAGGAGUUGCUGAACUCAUUGAACCGAGACUCAUCGGCGCUCGGGAACGCGACGACCUCGCUACCGCCUUGAGCCAGCCGAAGGUGAGAGAAGGAGGAGCAAACGAAAUGGAAAUCUGCAUGCGGUGCCCAAUCUGCUGCUGCUGCUGCUGCUGCUGCUGACUUGUUAUCUGUAUCUGCAGCGCCGCUAAAAGUAGAGAAAGUCUCGAAAAAACAGAGACUUUCUCCCCUCGGUCGAGAUAAUUUCUAAAUAAAACUUGCCCUCUAACACUCUCGCAAGCAGCCUCUAGCUCUUUCACUCUUCCGCUGUAGAUAAGCCACGCAACUGUUAUCACUGAGACUGCGCAUACCUAUACUGGUUAUACUUGCGCGCGCAAACUUUUCACAACUUUAACCGUUGCUCUAUUUGAACAGCCGCUAUUGUGGCCGAUCGAGCUACGCUCUCGAAACUUAUUUCUUGGCCAAGCUACAAGAGCAAUGACAAUCGCAUAUAAAUUACGCCAGCGGCUCCUCUUUAAUUCCUUAGCUUUGCUUGUUUUUCUAUAUAUCAUCGAAGCCGAGUACGGAAUUGAGAUGCAAACUUUUAAAGCAACGUGAGACUCGUUAAUGUAUACGGAAGUACAAAUUAGUAGACAAUAUCGAAAUUCAUCAAUUCGAUCUUUCUUUCAGAUUAAUGGGCAAAGUCGAGUAUGUUAAUUAUUUCUUUGUCAUAUAUAUUCUUGCUUCAAAGUAAAACAAGUGAUAAUGUCUCGCGCUAUGCCAAACACUUUCAUUUUUAUAGAGUGUACAUUAUCCAUACGUUUUCUGCCAUUUCUACUGCCCUGCGACUCUAAAGAACGGAGCCCUAUGAUCUUCAUUAUUUAGGAAACACUGUCACCUCUCAAGCAAAAUUAAUCGACCUCGACAAGAUUCUCGACUUUACAUAUAUUAUCAUCUUUCAAACGCGUCAUUAUAAUAUACUUCAAGGCCCUUUGUUCUCACGCGUCCAACACCGGCUAAUAAUUUCCUCUGCUGUUCAAAAUUAUUCCCAGCUACUUUUGUCUUUAUACCUAUUCGACAAAUAUCAAGAUGGCGAUAAUUUUCAUAUUUAUAUGAGUUUGGCCGAAAAUCUGUGGCGCAUAAAAACUUUGCAAUAAGGAUAAUUUAGUUUUAAUUUCUUGCCGUUGAAAGUUAAUACUUUUUAUCAAGUAACGCACGCAGCAAGUAUACAAUGUAUACAUAUACUUAUAGGUCCCCCAGAUGGCCUCCACGGCAAAACCCGCCGACGUAAACCAGAGCAUUUACUAACUAUUUAUUAGAAUGUUGCCAAAAUACACUGCUAACGAGUCACUAAAAGUAAAGCGUAGACCUCUUGCGCUCGAUCUCUAUUGCUUGUCUAUCCAUAGCUGUUAAAUCGUAUUUCGAUCGUUGGAGGUGCGUAACAACAUGUCAACGCUAUUCAGUCCGAUGAAGAGAAGGGUUGGAGUUUUUUUUUUUUUUUUGAAGUAUAAAACGCAUCAAACGAUGGAGCAGAAACGGCAUCUAUAUCUGAGUCAUCUAAAAUUUGCGAGUUUGCUGCGAUUGGUCUGCGUUACUUUAUACAACUUAUUGCUCAGUGAGAGAGAGCAACGUAAUAAACUAAACUUACAAUCAUGCGCGAAUAUCAAAGAAUAAUCACUAAUAUAAUGACUAACGUUUACCAUAUUUUUUAAUGAUAACAAUCGCGUGUAUAUAAGAUUAAUACGGGAAAGAAAGAAAUGAUAAUAUUAUUACAGGUUAGAGUUUUAAAUUCAUAUAAGGAGGAUAUUAUAUUAACGUCAGGUGGUCGGCGAUACAUACCGUAUGAUUAUUUUCAAUGCAGAUUCUAUAGGCCGUUUGGUUAUAUCUAGAUCCAUUAUAUACAGCGCCAAAAUCAUUGAGAGCAUUCCAUGUUUCUAUUUUCUGCGUGUACUCGUCGAGUCGCUUGGCGAUCGCGCACUCGACAACGAAGAAUCUAUAUUAUAUAUAGCAGCAAAUAUAAUUAAGCGGAAAACAGAGUAGGCCACUAAAUUAAUGCAAGACUAUGGUUAAUACAAGCUUCCAUUUAUCUAUACUAACCUCCAUUUUGUCCUAAUAAGUAUAAUGUUAUAUACUACUUGGCGAGCGAAUAAAACACGUUUGUUAUCGUGAAAUUUCCAGAAAUUUCUUUCUCUUAUCAUGAAGAGCGCAAAACGCUCCUCUGUGCCAAUGUGUAUAAAUUGUACAUUUAUACUCAGGCCGCAGCAGCAAACGCUUGUGGCAGCAUCGGGUGUAGCCAUACAUUACUAAAUAUAACUAUAAAUAAGCGCAGUACGAAUAAUUAGGCUGAAAAGGCUAAAUAAUGGUUGACUACUUGUAAAUACAAUAGCGAAAAGAAAAAAAUGCACUUGAUUACAUAACAUAAACAAUUAAGAGUAAUUUAUUCAAAAAAAUGGCGGAAUAUCAUGCUGAUCCAAGAUCGUUGUUGUCAAUUGUUAAAUUACACUCUAGGCUUGUUGUAUUAUAGGUAAUACGACAACAAUACUUUAAAUAAGCAAAUGAAAAAUAAAUGAACAAAUGUACGAGCAAGAUAAUAUAAUGUCAAGAUGCAGGAUAAUCGUGCCAAGGUCGUGUGUAUUAGGAAUUAAUAACAAUAAUCAUGUUAAUAAUAAUUGUAUUGAUACAAACGCACGCAGUACGUGAGUGAAUAUGCGUGCCUGUGUGUGUGUGUGUGUGUGUGUGUGUGUGUGUGUGUCUGCUGUACGAUCAUUUUGAAAUGCAAGAAAAAUCAUAAAAUGUAAUCAUUGUGUAGAAAAAGAUGUAGACAUUAAAAAAGUACACAAUUAUAUCGAUACGCAUUACCAUCGGAAUGCAUUAUUUAUGUAUGAUAACUAAUAAAGAUUUUGAAAUUAUCAAGUU